AUGUGGCAAGUGCGCUUAACGUGGAAUCCAAUUUAUACCGUGUUUGGUCUUCCGGACGGAUCUCACUUCUGGCCAUGGUCGCGACUUUUCACCACCCCUGCAGAUCGCGUGAAAUGCAUCAUAUCUGGAGGAGCUUGCCUGUUUUGCGCAGCAGUGAGUUCUGUUCUAUUCAUUUUUGAGGGGAUGAGGAAAGAAAAGAAAGAUGAAGGAACUGUUAAGGUUAUGUUUCACUUCUGCGACUACUCAGUAUACAAUUGGUUCAAGUACUACUACAUUCCACUCACAUUUCAAGGUUUAAUGAUGGUGAUCAUAACUUAUCUCCAGCAUCAAGAUGAUGAAAUUGAGGUUUACGAAAAUGACGAAUGGUCGUUUGUAAGAGGACAAACGCAAACUAUCGACAGAAAAUAUGGACUCGGUAUUGACACUAUCAUGCAUCAUAUCACUGAUGGUAACUUUUUAAAUCAACCAUUUUCUGAG